UUUUGCCAUUUCACUCGUUCACCAACAAUACAUUACACUGUUCUGUGUCAAGUCAAGCAGAUUAGACUAGAUCAAGAUGGCUACCCGCGCUCCGUUUGUUGUUCCCGCGCUCACCAAGCACACCGCGACGGUGAUCAUGGCCCAUGGCUUGGGCGACAGUGGUGCCGGCUGGAUGGCUCUGGCUCAGAACUGGCGCCGCCGGGGUGUCUUCGACGAAGUGGCUUUCAUCUUCCCGAACGCGCCCAUGAUUCCUAUCUCUGUGAACUUCGGAAUGACCAUGCCCGGUUGGUACGACAUUACGAAGCUCGGCCGUGAUCUGGACUUCGAAGAAGCGAUCCGUAACCAGGACGAGCCCGGCAUCCUCCGCUCCCGCGAGUACUUCAACACCCUUAUCAAGGAAGAAAUGGACAAGGGGAUCAGUGCCUCGCGCAUUGUCCUCGGAGGGUUCUCCCAGGGCGGCGCCAUGUCGCUGUUCACGGGCUUGACCAGCAAGGAGAAGCUGGGCGGUGUCUUUGGGCUGUCCUGCUACUUACUCCUCAGCGACCGGAUAAAGAACUUCAUCCCCGAGGGCUUCCCCAACAAGGACACCCCGUUCUUCCUCGCGCACGGCCAGGAGGACGAAGUGGUCAGAUUCGAUUUCGGCAAGCAGUCUUGUGACAAGUUGAAGGAGUUGGACCUGGCCAAGGUCGAGUUCCACUCUUACCCUUAUCUUGGUCACUCUGCCGAUCCGGAUGAGAUUGAGGACCUCGAGAAGUACCUGCACGGUGUUAUCCCACCUGAGGGUCAGGCCUCAUGAAUCCAUGGCCACCACCGCCAUCACACAUCUGUACAGACCCCACGCCCUUGGGGUACCUUGACCCAGUUUAGCCUUGUUUUUUUAGCCAUUGUUGUUCUGUUGGCAGCGGUCAUGUUCUCCCGGUUCAGGCCCAAGGAAAAGGACCAAGAUUCUGUCCGGAAAGAGGACUGAGGAAACCCAUGCACUUUCCAGGGAUGCCCUCGAAUGUCUCUACCUCUAGCUACGAAAGACUAAUGUGCACGAAAUCGGAAAAUCGAUGACUGCCGGCAAGCCGCUCAGAUCGUGGUAACAGUGAUCGAAUAUUUGUUUCUCCC